AAUCCAGGUGAAGCACAUCUUACUAUUGACGAGUUGCGUGAAAUGGCAGCAAGUGACAAUUCUGCUGCCUUCAUUUCUAAGGUGUCUAGGCAUGUUGCUAACAUUGCUGGUUCAAAUGCUUAUUGGCAUAGGGUAAUUAAUAUUAUUGUCCAAAAUGUUGAUGUCAACAGUGAUCCACACAAAGCUAUUAAAAAAGUUGCAAUGAAAACUCUCGGUGAACGAGAUUAUUCCGCUCAAGAAGUAAUGCAUCAUCUAUUUUCAUCAAAAUUACAUAGUUCAUCAUACAAUGUUGUUCCUGUGAGUCUCAAUGGCUCGCGUAGAGUACAUACCAACCACUCUGUUCAUAAUGGUAAUAUCAGCUGUACAAGCAAUUCAUCUCUAGAUGUUUAUGCUAAUCGUCAGCAUUAUGAUAGCUCACCUGAGACAAUGAACCUAAAUUUUAUACAGUUUAGUACUAAAUACAAAGUUGAUGAUGGAAACCUCACAAAAUUACCAGACAAUGUCAUUCCUCGCAUUUUCCCAACUUAUUCGUCCAGGCCAAUGCAAAAGGGCCAAUUUUUCCUAAUUAUUGCAAGGCGUUAGAUUGUGGUAAAGAAAUGGACAUGAUCUAUUUAGAUUUUUCCAAAGCUUUCGAUUCGGUACCUCACGAUAAACUUAUUUUUAAACACUCCCAAUUUGGUAUUACUGGGUCGCUCUUAGACUGGUUUUCUGACUAUCUGUCUGGACGUAAACAGCGCGUGGUAGGUGAAGGUUUCUCGUCAAGUUACCUCGAUGUAACAUCUGGUGUUCCUCAAAGCAGUAUUGUUGGCCCAUUGCUUUUCUUGAUCUACGUUAACGACCUUCCUGACUCAGCAAAACACAGCAAAGUACCAAUGUUUGCCGACGACAGUAAAUGCUAUAAAAUUAUAAACAAUCCACACGACUCUAAUCUCCUCCAAUCAGAUAUUCAAGCCCUUUGUCUUUGGUUUUCUACUUCGAAGGUAAAGUUCAACUUGAAGAAAUGUUCUGAAAUAAGAUUUUCGCGGAAACGUUCAUGUAUUGAGUCUCCCGAUUACUUUGCUCCAGUCAGAUCCCUUUUCAAUCAACUCAAAAGAAUCUUGGUAUACUUAUAACGAAUAACUUAAAAUGGUCGCCUCAUAUUUCCAAUAUUGUUUCCAAAGCAAACCGCAUGCUUGGAUUUCUACGACGUAACUGCACAUAUUUAACUGAUAUAAAUUGUCGACGCUCUCUCUAUUUGACACUUGUUCGUACACACCUGUGUUAUGGCAGUGAAAUUUGUCACCCCAAACAACAUAUAGGACCUUCUGCGUCUUGAAAUUGUCCAAAGACGAGCGACCAAGUAUAUCCUUCAAGACUUCACCUCAUCUUACACCAACCGUUUAAAGAAUCUUAACCUACUGCCUAUUUCAUCCUGGUUCGAAAUAAAAGAUAUUACGUUUUUUUAUAAAUGCAAAGCUGGUUAUUAUGACUUAACACUUGAAGACUAUAUUCUAGAUAAUUCUACUAAUCAUCACACUCGCUUUAGCUCUACUGAUUCAUACCGACCAAACCGUUGCAGAACAUCUUCUUUCCGAAACCUGUUUUUCAAUAGGAUAGUGCCACUAUGGAACAGCCUGCCAGGAGAUAUAAAAUCUUCUCACUCCAUUCAGUCACUGAAACUUAAACUCUAUAAUCACUGCACUCAAAAAGUUAACGCAUGUUUUGAUGUUAAUAGGCCAAGGACUUGGAAAAUGUUUUGCUCUAAAUGUCGUUCUUGUUUUAUGUCUUGUUGUUCGUAGAAGUGCAUGUUCUGAGUUUUUGUACGAAUGUAAUUAUGUGUAAUACCGUAAAUAUGUAACUAACUAUGUAUUUUGUUAAUUUUAUAACCGUUUAUAGUAUAGUAUAGCAUAGUAUAGCUUAGUAAUUCAUGUAUGGCAGGACUUAAUUUGGGACUUUAUUAGUCCUGUUUUCUGUGCCUUCAAUUUUCUUAUUGUAAAACUAAUAAAAAAGUAUCAGUUGUUAAGAUACAAACCUUGGAAACAUACUCAAAAUGAUGCAUGGGGUAACCAAGAACCAUGUUAUGAAGUGUUUGUUUCUCAGUGGCAAGAAUUUUUGCAAACACCCUAUGCACAAGCUAAUGUACCAGACUGGUUUGAUAAACUUGAAAAUGCUAUCCAGAGUCAGGAAGAAACAGAGAAUUCUCCUCAGGAACAAGAUAGUAUAGAUCGCGAAGAUCUAUACUAUCUCCAUACUCAAUUUGAAAAUUCUGAGAAAACGGAACCAACUGGCUACUGACAUCAAGAUAGAGCUAGCUACACUGAUCAACAAAUUGGUGAAAUGCCUAAUUGGAUUAAGACCAUGAAGGAACAAUCAAGUACUACAGUACUACAGUACAACAGCCCUAUGAUGUUGUAGACAUAAGCAGUUUCGGUAGAAUGCAACAACUUGCAUAUAAUAUCAUAAAAAAACAUUUUGAAGAUGAAUCUCCAGAAAAAGAACCCUUGUGUCUUAUCAUGAUAGGUGAAGCUGGCACAGGUAAAAGCUAUCUUAUUAAUGCCAUUCGUAAUCUUUUGCAAAGUAAAUGUGCAGUAACUGCUACAACAGGAAAAGCAUCUUUCAAUAUUAGAGGUGCUACAAUUCAUUCCUUAUUGAAACUAUCAAUAGGAACAAGAGGUAACAAAGAUGUUACAGGACAAUCUCUUUGCAGAUUACAGGAAAGCCUUAACGGUGUUGACUACAUUAUAGUAGACGAAUAUUCUAUGCUUGGGCAAACUACAUUUGGUUGGAUUGACAAACGCUGCAAACAAGCAACUGGUCACCAUGACCACAUUGUUGGAGGGAAAUCUUUCAUUUUGAAUGGCGACCCUGGCCAGUUUCCCCCUGUUGCAAAUAAACCACUUUAUCAUCCCAAACCAUCAAAUGCUAUUGCAGGGCAAGGGUACCAAACAUAUAGAAUGUUUAACAAAGUGGUUAAACUUACUGUUAAUCAAAAAGUACAAUGUGCCAGUAUACAACAACAGCAGUUCCGAGACUUGCUUAUGAGAUUGCGUGUUGGUGAUUCUACAUGCAAUGAUUGGGAAAUGCUAUUGACACGGCAACCAGCAAAUAUAAGAGAUCUAACACUAUUUAAUGAUGCUACUAGAUUGUUUUAUGGCAGUGACCAAGUUGCAUCAUAUAAUCAUGAUCAACUUAUAAAACUGCAACAACCUGUUGCUGUUGUUAAUGCAUACCAUUCUUCAGUAACCGCAAAAAAAGAUUUCUCCUGCAGACAUGUCAGGUCUAUAACCAGUAGUAUUCCUAGCAAAGAAUGCAAAGGUAAUGCUAACAAUGAAUCUUUGACCGUCUUUUGGGCUCUGUAAUGGCGCUACUGGAACAAUAAUUGAUUUUAUAUAUGAAGUUGAACAGCAACCACCCCACUUGCCUAUAGCUAUAAUUGUUCAAUUUGAUGAUUACAAUGGUCCAUCUAUCAGUGACACAUUGCAUUCUUGUAUUCCAAUAUGUCCUCUAAAUGUCUCUGCUCAGCUCUCUGAAGGUGUCCAUGAGAGACAACAAUUGCCUCUCAGACUUGCAUAUGCUCUUACAAUACACAAGAGUCAGGAGCUUACACUUCCUAAAGCCUGGGUAAAUAUUGGUAAAUCAGAAAAACUCCUGGUAUCUCUUAUGUUGCUAUUAGCAGAGUAAAAACAUUGACAUCCUUUUUUUAUUGAAUCAAUGACAUUUGAAAGGUUGACAAGCAUGAAGUCAUCAGCAAACUUGAAAUACAGGCUUGUUGAGGAAAAAAGAUUACAUAUUUUGGCACAGGCAACAUGCAGUGAAUUUGACCAGGCAUAACUUUACUUUAAAAAAAAUUUCUUUUACCUUCUUUGCAUUAAAGUAUUUUAAUUAAUUUUAUAUAACGUUCCUGCUUAUAGUUACAACAUACAAGACAAGCCAGGAUGGACCAACAAGCUAGUAAGUAUUUUCUAGGAUAUUGGAUAUCUGUCAUUAUUACCCCCAAUUAAUGUAUGUUUAAAUUAAUUCACCAACAUAACCAACCCUGAUAUUCCUUAUUGCCUUGAUAGGUGAAUUGCUAAAUAAAUUACUUUGUAUCACAAACAUCUAAUAAAAGUUAUUUUAUUAACAGACACAUCAUCACAGAACAGUGAAGAAAUGUUUGGAUAUCUUGUAAAUGUCUCACCAGUAAAAACCAGUGGGACCAGGAGAUAUUUCAACUUCAACAUCCAAACAAAAUUGGGAGCAAGAAGAGGGGUCUGUUUCUCUCCAGAAAAAAGAACAAAUAGGACCACUUUUCAAGAUCAAAAAGCACCAGUCAAGAUACAGCAGUUUCGCACUGCAGCUUCAAAUGAUGUUAUCGUGGACCAUCAGACCGAAUUACUUCGUUGGACUCGAUAAAAAAUGCGAUAGGAGUACAGUUUGUUACAGUCAAGGCGAAAGUGCACAGCUUGGAUAGUGUGAAGAAAAUAACAACGAAACUUAAUCAAACACUUGACAAGCAAGAAGGAAUACUACUUGACCCAUCAGGGCAAAUGAAAAUUCUACUAUGGCAAGAUCAAGUCAAUUCCAUCAAGGAAGGGGAAACGUACAUCUUUAAAACUUGCGCGUUAAGGAUAACCAGUACAAAGAACGUUAUGUUAAUCCACCAAAAGACUGUAAUAAUUAUUCUGUUACAGUAGCUGAAAGUUAUCAAGAACAACUGCCAGAAGCAGAGGUUAUUCCUGAAACACUGGUUAUCGCACAAGGUAACAUCUACGGGGUAAGCAAUAUUGCAAAAUCAAAAUCCUGUCUUCUUUGCGGUAACAGAGUUAUCCCGAAGAAUGACAAAAUCUCCAACUGUACAAAGUGUAGAAUGACUGCGAAGCUACAAUCGUGUCUGCAGGACUGGCAACUCAAAAUCCAUGUUCCAACAAGCCAGAAAAAAACCGUGCGUCUCUCAGUCUUCAAUAGUGAAAUCGGACUAUUAUUUCCACUUUGUGACCUCGAUCCCACGUGCAACGAGGAGACCUCUUAG